CACUUGUUUUUAAAUACAUUUUCCUGUGUUUGGGAAAAAGUGUCGUAAAAUAUAUUAUUUUAUAUAUAAAUAAAAGUGUUUUAAACACUCAAUAAAUUCACUAUAAAUUAGUGCUAAAAGUAUAUUGAAUUUAAUCGAUAUUUUUCGCGUAUUUCCAUUUCAUCGCUGAAGAAGUCGGCGAUUUUGAGCCAAAAGUUUAAUUAUCACCAGAAGUACCACCAGUGCUGUUGGCAUCGCGUGGUGUCAAUGCAUCCAGACUUUCACCCAAACAUCUAUGGAAGCGUUGAACUCGAGAACAGGUCAUACAUUAUAGGGGAUGACAUUCCAUGCAUUUCGCUGAAAACGUUGAUAUCAGAUACCGGGCCACUCCAGGAGAGCGACGUUUGUACGAUUGGCGCGCAACUGGUGCUGGCGAUCAACCAUCUGCACGACAACGGCUUAGUCCACCGGUGCCUCAAUCCGGACCUCAUAUCACUGGAUUGGAGGGGCCGGUGCCGUAUCACCGACUUGAGCACAUGCAAGCAAAAGGGCUGCGCGUUUGAGUUGGAUGUCAUCAAACGACUUAAGUAUCCAUUUAUAGCGCCAGAGAUACUGAAAGGGGAGACUUAUGAGCCCUCAUCGGACUGGUGGUCACUGGGCUGUUGUCUCUAUCAGAUGCUCACUGGGAAGGCAUUACUUUCGCAACACGACUCCAUCGACUCAUUAAUUAAAGACAUUUCUAAAGACAACUGCAAGGAAGCAAUUAAUGACAUUAUUAGAUCGCCGAUAGACUACCCGGCACACUUAUCCACCAAUGCUUUUAAUAUAUUGUCGGCGUUUCUCGAAAAAGACCCCAACAAACGCCUCAAAUGGUGUAAAGAGACCGGAAUUAAGACCAUUAAAGAGCAUCCAUUCUUCGCGGGAAUCGAUUGGGAAAAAAUGGCCACCAGCGAGAGCGUGGGCACCAUUCAGAUGGACCUGUCGUACAGCAUAUGGUCGGCCCAACAGACCAAAAUCGAGGGCGUGUUGGGCGCCGACUACGGCUCCAAAUGGUCCAACUGUUACAUCAUUCAGCACAUGAAGACCGGCGAGGAGGGGGUCAUGAAAAUCGUAUGGAAGGCCGAGAUGAGGAAAACGGCGUCGGGAUGGAAACGGGUGAUGAACGAGCGGCUGGCCUGGCAAAAGGUGUCGGCCCACCCGUACACCGUUCCCCUCAAGGGCUUCUUCGAGACGGAGGCCGCCUAUUGUUUCGUCAGCGAACACAUCAAAGACGCCGUGAGUCUCGGCGUUGUCAUGAAGUCGGCGCCACUGCCGCCCGAUGUGGCCAAAUACCUGAGCGGACAGUUGGUUAUCGUGUUGAAUCACUUGCACGCGAAUGGUGUGCUCCAUAGGAGUCUGUCGCCCGACUGUAUGCUCGUUGAGAAAAGUGGUCGCUUGAGGUUAUGCGACUUCGAGUCGGCCAAACUGUGCGAGUUCAGUUGCCACCCGUUUGGCGAUUGCAGUUAUUUGGCCCCGGAGAUUAUUCAGGGCAAGGAGUACGGAAAGGAGGCCGACUGGUGGGCGUUUGGUGUCAUACUCGUGGAGAUGCUGAUGGGAAAUACACCCCUCGAUAUAUUUUGUGAUAAAAGACAUAUAACGGAUGACUGUGACAUCGAUACGGAAUUUUUAUUACGAGUUAUCGAAAGUAUACCGAAAAUGUUAACUAAUGUCGAGUCGAUCGGCGCUCAGAAUCUGUUAAAAGAGCUUUUAGUUGCCACACCAGAGCACAGACUAGGAUUCAAGAGGAAUGCCUACAAUGAGAUCAAAUCGCAGCCAUUCUUUAAGAGCCUGUUAUGGCCGAAGUUAGAGUGUCCUGAGACUGACUUAUAGAUGAAAAUGUGUUGAGAUGUAUACAGAAUAUUCUUAAUAUAUUGUAACUUAUAUGGAAUAUUCUGUAACCAUAUUUUGUAAUUUAUAUUUAAUUAGCUAAUGAAUUGGUUUGGAUAUACAAUUCCUAACGUGUAUGUGUGGGAAGUUGUGUUAUAAUAAUUAUUUUGGACUUUAAAGAAUUUUGUUUUGUUUAAGAAAACACAGAGUUUUGAUGUAUAUAAA